GUUUUCCAGAUGUCACCUUUGACCCUCAAAAUGGCGGGCGAUGAAAUUAUGGACUCCGGUUUUGGGCAAAUUUUAGUGAAUUUGGACAAAUUACGGACUCUAGUGAGGCAAUAUGUUGAUGCGCACCAGUACAGCUCGGCGCUAUUCUGGGCAGACAAAGUUUCAUCCCUCUCAAAUGGAGAAGGCCAGGAUGUCUAUUGGCUGGCCCAGUGUAUGUUCCUGACAGGACAGUAUCACCGAGCAUCUCAUCUCAUCAGGAGUAAAAAAUUAGACAAGAAAAAUGCUGCUUGUCGAUACCUUGCUGCAAGAUGCCAUGCAGAGGUACGAGAAUGGCAACAGGCGCUCCACAUCCUGGACAAGGUGGACCUGGAGGCGCAGGUGGGGCCGCAGGUACGGCAAGAAGACGGGAAGGACGACAAGCUGCAGUUUGACUGUGGGAUCCCCCAGCACAGGAUAGAGAGCUCCAUCGCGCUGAUGCGAGGUAAGAUUUUCGAGUCCCUUGACAACCGUGACCAGGCGACGGAGUCCUACCGGACAGCGCUGAAACUGGACGUGUACUGCGAGGAAGCCUUCCAGCUCCUGGUGUCCCACCACAUGCUGACUGCUCAGGAGGAGCGUGAGCUGGUUGAGUCCCUGCCCUUUGCCAAGCAGUGUCCAGAAGAAGAAGUGGAGUUGGUUCGACUGCUGUAUGAAACCAAGCUGAAGAAGUAUGACAAGCCCAGAGAACUGGAGAUCCCGACCAGUUUAGACCCGCUACAUGAGAACCUUGACGUGGUAGUGAACCAGGCGGAGAGAAACUACUACAACUGUAACUUCAGAACUGCCUACAAAAUUACUUCGAAAGUGUUGCAACAGGAUCCCUACCAUAACACAUGUCUUCCACUGCACAUAGCCUGCCUCACCGAGCUCAAGAAAACAACAGAGUUGUUUUACCUUGGGCACAAGUUAGUGGACCUGUAUCCUAAUGACCCUGUGGCUUGGUUUGCUGUAGGUUGUUACUAUCUGACAGUGGGAGGGAAACAUGACGUGGCCAGGAGAUAUCUCACAAAAUCCACCACCCUGAACAGAAUGUUUGGUCCUGCCUGGCUGGCGUUUGGACACUCCUUCGCAGAAGAGGCAGAACACGAUCAGGCCAUGGCAGCGUACUUCACUGCUGCACAACUCAUGAAAGGUUGCCACCUGCCAGUGCUGUACAUUGGUCUGGAGUACGGCAUGACCAACAACCUGAAGCUGGCCGAGCGCUUCUUCAAACAGGCACUGAACAUCGCUCCCGAGGACCCCUUUGUCCUGCAUGAGAUGGGUGUGGUGGCCUUCCAAAACGGAGACCUUGAUACAGCAGAGAAAUUCUUCAUGGAUGCCUUGGAAAAGGUUCAGGCCAUUGAAAAGGAGAUGCUGACAGAGAAGUGGGAGCCUCUCCUGAACAACCUGGGGCAUGUGUGCAGGAAGCUGGGACGUUACGAGGAGUCGCUGACGUACCACCAGCAGGCCCUGGUGCUCUGUCCACAGAACCCCUCCACCAUGGCAGCCAUCGGGUUUGUGCACAGCCUACAGAGUCAGUUCGACCUCGCCAUCGACUACUUUCACAAGGCUCUGGGACUGAGGAGAGAUGACACCUUCUCUGUAACCAUGUUGGCUCAGACUAUAGAACUGUACAUAGGGGAGAUGAAGCCUUACGAAGGUGCAGAAGAGCUGCCGGAGAAGUUUGAGGGGAUCCCUCUGCCGGAGUACAACGUGGCAGACGUGGGUGAUGUGAAGCUGGGAGACGUGACGGCAGAGCUGAAGCUGGAAGGUGACGGGCCCAUGAUGCUGGAAUCCUGGGGCCAGGACGCUAGCAACUCCUCCUUGGAUAUAGAAGUGGAGAUGGAGGACAGCUGAUCUUACACUUUAUAUACAACUUGCAAUGUGUUUCUUUUUUACAUUGACCUCUCCACUGCAAAUUCAUGAUACCGCAACAUUGUAUUACUACUAUACUACGGAAUUGUUUCAACCAUGAAUUUAAAAUCCACUGCAAAAUUUAAUGCAUUUAUAGUACCCUCCCUGCUC